CCUCCUCCUCCUCCUCCACCUCCUCCACCUCCUCCUCCUCCUCCUCCUCCUGCUCCUGCCGCCGUAAAUGUUAUUUAUGAAUGCCUGCCGCUCACGGGCGUGUGCGCGCUCACUCUUUAUUAUUAUGUUUUAAUCAUCGCAGCUCAGCGGACACUGAUUUCAGCCGGUAUCUGGUGUCUUCCCGUCCCCGCAGAGCCCUCGGUGAGCGUGUAGAUCCGGAUUUAAUUCAUUGUGGAGGUUUGGUGCUGACAGCGGCAGCGGCAGGCGGAGCGGUGCGUUCUGCUCUGUGAUAACACUGGGUCAAUACACCGCGCUCCGCCGCUGUCUGCCGGCCCGCCGCAUCACUGGAGCCGCCUCACCUUCGCAUCCGGAGGAGCUGUCCGAGAAGGUGUGUUGCCGGGGGCAACGUCUGUGUGAUGAUGUCCUUGUGAGAGUGGGCGGGGCUACCAGGCCCUGAGGUGGUGAGGAGGAGUCGUCUCAGCCAUUGGCCCCUCCCCCUUUGCUUCUGAGACUGACCAAACAUACGGAUACAAAAACGGGUGUAGCUCUCCCCUCCUUCCUCCUCCUCUUCCUCCUCUUUCUCUCCCCCCCUCCUCCCCGUUCACCAGCCCUCCUCCCUCUCCUCCUCUCCCUGUCUCCUCCCCUCCUCCCUCGCCCAUCUCCCCCCUCGUCACCUGCCACCAUGUUACGGUCACGCUGCUGGUGGAGAGCCUGAGGAAGCAGACUCUGGAAGGCAACCCUGCUCAGCCGGGGGACUGUUACCUGUCCCUGCUGGACCCGAAAACCCUCGCAGAGUGCUGGCCCCCUGAUGGCUUGAUGCCUGAGAGCAGCUACUGGCAGCUCUGCCCUCCCUCUAAGUCCGGCCUGCAGGGGGGGUUACUGAGCUCUAGUUUCCCCCCCGGCCCCCUCCCCCUGGUGCCCCCAGAUGCUCACCUGCAGGAGGGGGGCGACCCCCUGGACGGCCCCUCUCAGCCUCAGCAGCACCGGACCCUGGCCCCCAGCACCUCGGCAUCCGAGCUGUCUCUACCCGGAGCCCCCGUGGCCCCUCCUGGCCCCGGUCCCCCUCCCCCUCCUCCCCCGCCCCCAAAACGUCACUGCCGCUCGCUGUCGGUGCCAGAGGACCUGUCGCGCUGCCGCUACACAUGGAGGCCCAGCGCGUCACGUGUCUGGACUCCUGUCAGCCGCCAGCAGUGCCAUGGGGGGGCUGGGGGAGGAGUCACAGGUGGAGGGGUGGGGGCAGGAGGAGGGGGCAUAGGGGCUGGCGUGGCAGGGGGAGGAGCCUGUCCUCUCCGAGCUCCCAGCUCAUCUCUUAACUCGUCGCUGCACUCUUCGUCAAGUCCCACCUUCUUCAGCCUGGCGCUGUCUCCGGACUCACCGCUGCCCUGGAGCUUCCCCUGGGACCCCAGUGAGGCGGCGGCGGGAGGAGGAGCCUGCUGCUGCUUCUUCCCGUCCCCGUCCUCCUGCUCCUCCUCUCCCUCCCCCCUCCACCCGCCUCCCCCUCCUCAGAGGCGUUUCUCCCUCUCCCCUGUGCUCAUCAGAGACUCAACGGCCUCCACCUUCCUCCCCCCUCAUCCUGUGCCGAGUCAUGCUGUGGCCCCGCCUCCUCCGGGCUGCGCCACCAUGGCCGGAGUGGCUAGGGGGGUUCCUGUGCCCGCCUCCCCAUCCUCCGCCUGCAGCACGCCGUCGUCUCUGCGCCGCAGUCUGCCACCGCAGCUGCCACGCUGCCAUUCACAGCCCUGCGACUUGCUGCUGCUCAAGCCGGGUCUGAAGAGACGCCGAGACCCCGACAGACCCUGCGCCAGGCCCGUCCUCGACUUCACCAAGAUGUCCCAGACGCGCAGCAUCGACCCUCAGUGUCUGGAGCGCGGCGGCGGCAGGCUGGCCUGCGGCGGUGACAUGUGCAUGGGCAUGGAGUCCUUCAUGGCAGACUUCCGGGGCUCCUGCUCGCCGGCCGAGUGCCUGGGCAGGUCCAGCAUCGGGCCGCUUAGCGAGAGCGACGAGGAGUGCCGCGAGGACGAGGAUGAUGAGGACGACGGCGAGGAGGAGGCGGAGGAGCGUGAGGCGGCACAGCAGGCCGUGUUUGAGAGGGAUUGUACAGAACUGGACCUGAACUUAAUUGAAGAAAAUUGACACAUUUGUAAAUGGAAGGCUGUCCUCUGUUUCAGUUUGAUAAUCUAGUUUUAUUUUGAAAUGAUCCCGCCCCCUUCCUCUUUCCGGACCAUCUCGACACUCUGCACCUCCUUGCCCCCAAUCAGCAAGGCUCUCAGGAACAACACCUUCUCUCAUUGGACGAGCUGGUAACGAGGCUGAUUGACAACGACGGUGAUGAUGUGACUGCCGGCGACGACAACUCGACGCUGUGAGAGAAGUUCAGCUCACCUGAGAUCAGAGGAACCUGCACACUGCGAGUCCCGCCCGACCCAACACGUCGGGUCACUGCUACCUGAGAUCGCUCCGUUACUCGGACUCGGACCGUGCAGGUGCUUCUCGACCUCCAGGUGUGUUCACUCACAGCUGCUAAGUCUGAAACACUCUGAGUCUGAUGAGACAAGCGCUGCACCACAGCACCAACCUGAAACAUCACCUCUACAAACACACACACACACAUACACACACACACACCAGACCUCUGAUGUGACGUGCUGGGUCUCUUCCAAGCUUAGGUGAAAAUAAAAAGUCUGUAUGAAAUGAUUCUAAUAAACGCAGCUGUAUUUAUCAUGCUGAGGCUCGUAGAAGAAGAUUUAAAAUCCUAGUCGUCAGAACCUGAGUGGACUCGUAUUUACUUAUAAGUGGAGCGGCAGUACGACAGCGUUUAAAUGUCCUCCGUCCUAAAAGUGUUAUCACCAUCAGUAGGAGACAUCUCUAAAGACAAACAGACCUGAUCACAGCUGCAUGUUUCAAGUCAUUUCUCUGGCACUUGUUGAAGCUUUGGGGGCUGCAAGCUGAGCUGCUGCUCGACAAACAGCCACUCUUAAAAAAAACUCAAAGCUUCACAUUCAACCGACAUUGGGUCAUGUAUGGUCCUUACAGUUCUACAGUCUUAAUCGUAUCAUAAAAAAGGUCAUUUUGGCUGCUAGCCGAGCAGCUGGCUUGAUGCCCUGCAGCUUGAUGCCCCGCCCCUUCUGCUAACUAAAAAACACCUUUAACUUCCAGUUAAAGGUCAAAGGUCGCUCAGGUGGCUUCAGUCCAGAACAGAUUCUUACUCACGGUUAUGGAAAGUUCAACGACUCUUCGGUCGUGUUUGUUACAUUUCCUCUCGCCUUUCUUUCUCUACUUUGAUAAUCCGUUUCAAACAGCAACGCAGUCAAUCAUGACGCUCUUUCCCGCUCCUUUUUUCAUCAAAUAUAUUAUUAAAACUAAACUUCUCAGCGUGAUAAGAACUAACGAGAAAGACCAAAAACCAUGUUUGAGGAACAUUUAUCUGACCUGUAUUUAGACAGUGUCCCAUCUGUUAACAUUGAGGAGGCGGAGCUUAUGAGCUAUAUUGCAGACACUCAGCAGGGGGUGCUCUGACUCUUUUGGCCUCACUUAAGGCAAGGUGUUGCGUUGUCCGUUCUUUAUAAAUUAUUUAAAUCGUCGCUAUGAUUUUUAGUUUAACUCAAAAACAAUGAAAGAGAAACGAUUCGAUAUUUAUCUUUUUAAAUCACGUAAACUGAUUAUAUCGUUAACAUUCAAUAAGGAGCGUUCUGAUUCGUUUACUGUUUUGAUUAUGAAAUAAAUCUCUGACAGCAGCUCGGAUAUAAAUCUUUAUUUGACCUUUUUGACUAAAUGUAUUAAAAGAUAUUUAUCUUUAUAACACUGAUCUGUUCAGAGUCUGGUGCACAAACAUGUGUGUGUGUGUGUGUUUGAACAUGUCACAGAGACGUGACCUCAACAUGGUGAUGCGUUCAGGUUCGCUGCUGCUAAGUGGCGUCGUUCUGUCAGACUUCACUGAGGGCGGGUAGCCACUGAUGCUGUCAUUCACCUGAGUGUUCCCACAUUCCUGCUCAUUCACUCACCUGUGUGUGUGUGUGUGUGUGUGAAUGAGAAACUUCUGCAAUUAUUAACCACCACAGAAGAAGAAGAUGACACACCUUGAGACAUAUGAUUGACCUCUGACAUUUAAGUUAAUUUAAUUUAUUAAAGUGAGGGACGUUGAUGUCUCUUCAUCGCUACAAACACUUUUCGAUACCACGUGUUCUAAAACAAUAAAUCCUCUGCAGUUUGUUUUAAUGAUCGAUAGAAUCAGAGCAUCUGUUUCAAUCGUGUAGGAGAAGAAGGAAUCUAAAGCAGGCAAACAUACUGCAUACGGUUUAAAUUGAACAAAUACAUCAGCAACAUCUUUGUCCGGAAAUGUUGCCGAUGGCGUUGUUCAGUGUGCGCGAGUUUUCUGCAAUUUACGAUCACUAAGAAGAAGAAAUUACCAAAUAUUUGGUGAUCAGGACUUCUACUGUGUUCCUGUGGUGUAAAACUAAAAUCUAUAUCGGUUGAUUUUUACUAGAAUCAUAUCAAAGUUUUAAAUUCUGGUGCCAUGACAACCAUACGUCUUGACAGAAGUCAAAUUUGAAUCUAGAUUGUAUCUUGAGCCGCCAGGAGUGAAUGCCAACGGGUUAUCAUGACGUUGUUCUUGUUCCUUUGGUGGUUUAAUAAGUCGCUGUAAACACACACAGAGAACAUAAUCCGCACAUUGAAGCAUUUCACACUUUCACUGAGCGUCACUGCUGCAUUCAGGGCCACACGGCUCGGUCGUCAUAUUUGACAUGUUGUGUUUAGACUGUCUUCACUUCCUGCCGAUAAUUCCAGAUCCUCUUUCAGGUUUCAGCUUACCCAUCAUUUCUAUUAAUCUAAUGUUUAUAUUAUUUUCCUCUCAUGUAAUAAUAUGUAAAAUAAACCCACGUGUCAGACUUAUCACUAGCGAUGCAUUUAAGGGCACUUUAAUGUGUGAGAGUUGACAGUCAGACAUCGAAAGGCACUUAAGACGCUCUCCAGGAACUCAAAACUACAAGACAAUCAUCAAGUAAACUGGAUCAUUAUUUAGGAAGAGUCAAUUCACUUCAGCAGAACACUGUCAGAUCUCAGAUGUUGAACUGUCCCUGAAUGCACCAUGCAAAUUCAAGUGUCUGGCCGAAAAACUGAAGGUUACUGAACAUUGGCGGUGAUGGAUAAUCGUUCCAGAUUUAGGAUACUUUACUGUUAAAUUCUCAGAUUUUGGUUGAACACAGCUGCAGUGAUUUAUCUUUGUUAAAUCAGAGUUUGUGUGUGUGACGGCGAGCUGCUGCAGCCCGGAUAUCAGAGGGUUAAAAACUUGUGUUUGUGAGCGUGAAAUGCUGCAAAGUCAGAUUGUGUAAUUUUUCCACAUUUUUUAUAAUCGGGUCACAUUGUUGUUGACAAACAUCCUGCUAGUGCUAAAGCCGUGGUCAGGACGGAGUUAGCCUAGCUUAGCAUACAAAUUUAGGACUACAAGGGUCUACCUAAACUUUAAAUACAAACUGUGGUAACAAGCAGCCGAACGGGGGCAAAAGCAGCAAUGACCAACAUCUAAAAGACAUCCUAUUGAAAAUCAAACUGCUGGCAGAGCGGUGGCUGGUGCUCUAGCUUUCAAAUAAAAUUAAAUAAUUACGCUAACACAAUCUAUUCAGCUAAGUUUAACGUAGCUGUAUCAAGUGUGAUUUGAAUUGAUUUUAAAAUUUUCCCCCAACAGAGAAGCUAAUUAAGAAUGUGUAACCGAUGUGACUAUAGGGCUAGCACUAAAGCUAACCACUCUUGGUAAAUUCCCCAAAUCCACGUUAGACGUGUUCUUCCCAUUCUGAUUUUGUGUGAAUGCAGCAUCGCUACACUAAACGAUAUAAUCUCUUAUUUUAAUUACCGAUGGUAUCAAGACGAACAUACACUUUGAAAUAUCUAUUUCAUAGACCGGUGCGUGUGUAGGAGAGGAAUUAAUUGGUCUCAAGUUGCCGGUAAAGUUCUGUAAAGAAAUGUUGCCGAUGUUUUUGUGCAGCUUAGAGAGUGCAGAGUUUACCGCUCUCCUACGCCCCGGUUUUAUUGAAGAGAAGUAGUGUAAGAAAAAAUUCUCUUGAUCAUUACAAUAACAGAAAUUGUACGAUUUGAAAACGUGGUAUCAGAAUAUAUUGAAAACAUUGACAACCUUAUUGCUCAAACAGUUUCAUACACAGUCCCCGUAACACACACACACACACACACACACACACACACACACACACACACACACACACACACACACACACACACACACACACUGCCCCCAGCUCACACAUUUACAGAUCGUGUCCCCGUAAACCAAAUAAACACUUGGACCCUGACACACCAAGCAGACGGCAAAGAAUUAGCAGCGAUGAAGGCCGCCUGUGGUGUCUGCGCACGACGCCUUUUGUCUUGACACACCGUGAAGACUUCAGCCGACCACCAACCACCACGUACGUUCUGCUCAUGCGUGACAGGAAACAGCUCUCCAUGCCAGCAGGGGGCGGUAGUCUAAGACAAGAAAGAACGCAGAUAAAUAAACUGUUUUUGUGAUACGAGAAGACAUUUCUCUCACCGCUGUCGCUCAACACUCGUAUUAUAGGAACUUCUAAUGGAGAAUAAUGUCUGAUAAAAAGUUGAAAAUGGCGCUGGGGUUGUCAGCCCUUGGUCUUUUAUUAAACAAGAAUAGAAGAGGCACUUCUCGUAUUUCUUCUCGUGUACUGGCUCUCCUGUUUUGCUUAGCUGAACAGCCAAUCAGAGAGAUUCCUACCCCCAACCGCGCCGGCUCACGCUGAUUCAACAUGUGGACUUGGCCCAAAAAAAAAGGCCAACUGGGGCCGACGGGUAGCGACGGAGCUAGACAAGCCGAAGAAACUAGGGCGACGACCGCUCAUCGACGGCCGAAGGUCUCCUGGGUGUGUCAGGGCCUUUACACACACACAUGAUCACAGGUAGUGUCCCCAUAAACCACAUAAACCAAGACAUCAUCCUGCAGCACACACAAACCUUGCCUCUGUAACAUACACACAUGCAUUGUCCCUGUAACUAAUGUCCAGUCCCAGGUAGUGUCCCUGUGUCACACACACACACACUCAAGCCCCUCCCCCAUCUCUCCUGGUUCGUUCGGUUUGUUCGCUUCAUUACACUCAACAUAAGCCUUAACUGAACAUAUUCUAUUAUUCUGUAAAUCAAGACGUUAAAAGAUAAAAAAAGGAAAAGACAAAAACUUAACAGAGAAGAAAAGGAAAUGUGUACUGUAGCUGUUAAAUUUUUAGUCCCUCUGUUUAUCAUUUUCUGCUGUUUUUUCUUAAUAUUUCUAAUCUGAUGUCUGAGCGUGACGAAGUGUCGGCCAUGAACGCAGCGUGCUUAAAAUAAUAAAAAGAAGCUCGAGGACGAAGGAGGAGCUGACGUGUACAAAGUUAGCGGAGAGACUCGGACAUCUCUUGUCUUUUAGAAAUGUUUUUUAUUGUAUGUGAUUAAAAAAAAAAGAACAAUGACAACAUGGCAAUUUGAAAAGCAGUUUGUGAAUAAAUUAAGUUUAUUGAGAAUUAUUUUACAAAGAAAGUAGAGAA